AUGUCGAGCCUAAUCAUAGAUACGAUGAUUGAUAAUAGCUUCAGGAAUGAUUCCUCAACUGUGUUAGAAAAUGAAUCUUCCAACUUUUUCACCCAAGCAAAGGACUUCCUGACACGUUCGAUGCGGUCUGACAAUGAUGCAGAUAUAGCAAACAUUGUCCCCAAAGAGAAGAUAUUCUUUCAUUCUUGCCAUGAUUCCUCGAUCACAGAAAUGUCAGAUGUUGAAUCAUUCAUGGGCGAAGAAGACACAUCUUUAGGCUUUUUUAACAAUGGAGACAGCAAAGGCAAUCAAUCCAGUCCCAGUCUUCCGGCCCGAGACCUUACAGCAGCACCCCAUAGACGCAGAGGAAUGAGGCAACGUCAAAACAGCAUCCGAUCUUGGAAUGAGCAGCCCAGCAGCAGCCGUAGUGUUCAGCGUAGCAGCCCAUCCAUCACGGAGCACAAUUCGGAAGAAUCCAUGGCAAAGGUGAAGCAAAUAGAAGGAGGUCAGGUGUUAGUAGCCGAGGCCACAGUAACAGAACAAAAACCAACUCCUAGUUCGGACUCUUUGGUAGAUAAGAGUGAAGCACAGAAAAAGAAAAAGAAGAACAGAAUGCUUCCUUGGGUGCCAAUUUUCUGGGCCAUGCUGGUCGUCCUUCCAAGGAAAAGCAGAACUCGCAGAAAAGCCUAA